AACAGCAUUGACCAGUCAACAGCCGUCAAUGUUUACGUAUUUCCCUAUUCGAUUUGGUGUUCGUAAAUCAUGACUGAGUAUCAUAUCUAUUAAUGGUUUUACUAAUUUGACAGUCACCAAUUUUGAAGACCAUAAAUAAUAUAGGGCCUACGCACUGCUCACGAUGGAAGAAGAACAAAACAACUUCGAUUUGUGCAGUGUCAACAUGGCAGAACAAGAUAAGGGUGAAAGCAGUGAAACUUCGAAGGAGCGGGUUCUUGCAACUCUCCGGAAUGAUAUGUUGUCGGCAGAUUUGACCUGGUCUUUAUUUGUAGCUGCACUAGGGAAUUACAGACACGACACAGUUCUCCGACCUUCACCACCGCAUUUCACUGAAAAUGGAGAGAAAGACUUCAAGAAAAUUAAAAAUGUAGUGCACGCUAUUCCGUCAUUAUCUCAAGUGAUACUGGAUGGGUAUGAAAUAUCUGAAGAUGCCUGGUAUCUUCUUGACUGGGUCUUGAAUAGUGAUAGAAAGCCCUUUCAAUUAACUGCUGUUCCAGCUGAAUUGGUGAAAAAUGAGGUCGAACAAUAUCAGAAGCUGACAAAUCAUUCGGAACCCACAAAAUCUCCUGACUAUAUAUUCCAAGUGGGUUGCAGUGAUACUGUCAAUGGCAAGUUUGAGACAAAGUUAAGUGAGUGCUCGGGUAAGCGGCUUUAUGGCUACCAUGGCAGCAGACUGGAGAACUGGCAUUCCAUCCUGCACAGUGGACUCAGCUCUGUGAUGAACAAGACAUCAUUGUUUGGAGAGGGGACCUACUUAUCCAAUGAGUUGACGUUAUCCAUGCACUACAGCCCCCACGGCACCGGAUGGAAACACAGCCAGCUGGGUCGUAAACUCAGUUGCAUUGCCAUGUGUGAGAUCAUUGACCACCCAGCAAUCAAGUGCUCUAUUCAAGGUGACAGUAAUAAGCAGAGAGGCUUGGCUCAUAACAGUGAGGGAGGAACGGUACCAGAGAGAUACUUUGUUGUUUCAAACAAUGAACUGCUCCGUAUCAAGAGUCUACUUGUAUAUGUUGAUUCAACCCCUCAACAAAGUUUGCUGGCACAGAGACCGUCGUGGCUGAAGGAGAACAGCUUCAUCUUAACGAUGCUCGCUUAUGCGCUGUGCCUCGUCGCCAUUGGUCUAGCAAACUCAAAGCCUUUUAAAAGAUUCCUUCGAAAUUUAAUGAAAUCGUGAUCGUGUGAGAUUUUACAUAUAAAGUGCACAAUGCUGGAAGUUUGCAUCGGAAUAAGAACUCCAUAGUAGUAUGGCAAUUGUAGUAUUAUACGGUUACAUAAAAUAUCUAAAUAUCUAAAUACAUAAAAUGUCUCGAUUUAUGUUAUAUAGUGUAUUCUUAUUAAUGUGAAAACGUAUAUGUAUAUGAUGUGCGGUUGAUAAUCGUAUAACCCAUGGCCUUUGCUCACCCAGCACAUGUUUAAGGAAUGCUUGUGAUCUGAUCAUGUGGUCAACCUGCUUAAGUUGGUCAGUAAAACCUAGUCAUAUGAUACAAUAGACCAAAGUUGUUUGCAAAAUUAGCCUACACAAUUUUCGAAUUUUAGUUCCUUUGCUUAACUAGUUGAAAGGCAACUAUAUGUAAGUAGCCAUUGUAGAUCGAGUGCCUACGUGCGACUGUGUGCUAGUUAUAAACAUGCAAGGGAUGGAGCUCAUAUAUAAAUAUUCAUAUUAUUAUUUCACUUAUACAUGGGUGUGACGUCUUUGUAGGGUGAUACUCCAUUAGGAGUGUUCCCA